ACGUCCAUGAAAAAGGGUGAAUCCCGUAUGCCCGAACGAUUCUUUUUUUUCACCCCCGAAAAACCUCGUUUCGGCUUUGCGCAAAAGCAGAAGAGUACCGAAUAUUAUAUACGAUUUUCUACAACGUUCUAUUCCUUUGAUAUAUAGAAUCAAGAAAAAAUCGAUUUUUUCUCGGAUUUUCUUCUCUAAUGUCUGGUAAUUCGGAUGCUCGUGCAGCAAUACUUUUCUCAUCUUUUGCGUGUUCGUGCUUGGAGAGGCAUCGUGAAUAAAGGUGUGGGAGUAAAAUUUUUCGAAAAUUAUAGCUCCCGAUUCGUAUUUCUGUGGGAAAGGAAAAGUGGUCGAAAGUAUUUUAUGCAUAGUCCUAAAAUAUUGAUUUUGUUUGACUUUCAUACACGGCGGUAAACCAGCGAUACGUAAUGGAAAAGAGGGGCAGUGAUUGCAGGUUGUGAUACGGUGGGGCUUCGAGGGAGUCAACGCGGGAUGUGUCGUUUGGAAAUCUCGGUUGAAACGUGUUGCUCGUCUUACAAUAUUUUUCAGCAGGUAUCAAUUUGGAAUUCCCUAUAGAAAUCAAUUCUUCGUGCCAUGACGCUUUGUUCUCGUCGAAUCUUCAAAAAGAGCAAGGAGGAACGAAGGGAGAAUAACAGAUGGCGAGUGUCCGGAAAGUGCCAUUUUCCAUACAACCGUUUUAGAAAAUUACACCCACUGACUUAUGCAGUGAAUUUUUUUGCUCAAAUUGGCGAUGAAUUUUUAAUCCGCGAGUUCUCGAGACUUGCUUGAGCAUGGUGGGGACUUUCUCCUCGAUUUCGCUCCAGUGGUCGUGUCCUCUCCCUUGGCGAUCAUUAUGGACUUGAGGGUUAUUCCUCACAGGGCAAUACAGAAGGCUAACUUCGCAGCUCUGAGGUGGAAGAUCAGUCCAAAAAAGGAUAAUCCAUUUUUUCAUCUGUUCUUACUGCUAUUUCAUCGCAGAUUUUUCAGUUUCUGGGCCCCGGGUUCAGAGUCUUCGGGAAUUUCAAAGUUCCUUUAUUUCCUGUACAACAAAAUCAUGUUCGCAAUAAUAUUCACGUACACGGGUACGGUCAUCGCCGAUCUUUGUGAAAACUACAGGGACUUGGUGAUGGCGACUGACGACGGUUGCUACAUCGUUGGUGCAUUGAUCGUCAUUUUCAAACUCAUAAACUUUCAAUUGCGGCGUGAUAGGAUCGAACAUUUAAUGAAUAGGAUUUACGAGCCCGUCCGGAUGUUACUUCGCUCGUCCGAUAAAGCCGUCGUGACUCUCGUCAAAAGUUUCGUUCUCUAUGAAAUGGGAACAGUCUUCAUCCUGUGGAGCAUCGGAGCUUUUCUGAUAGCCGCUUCGGUCAUAUUUCCACCAACGGAGAACGGCUCGUUGCCGAUUCGUGCCAAGUAUCCGUUCGACUCGAGGGUCUCGCCGAUGCACGAAGUUGCAUUUUCCAUUGAAGCGACCGCCUUAACGUCGAUUGUAACCGCGAUUUGGGUGAUGGACAUUGUAGUAAUGGGUUUUUGCAGGUACACAAUUCUGCAGCUACAAAUUCUCGGAUCGAACUACAUGAACUGUCGGAAUUCAUUGAGCGAGCGUGGCUACCUCAGAUUGCCGGAGAGCAGUUUAGCCACAAGCUUUAUCAGCGCAGAAGACGACUUCGUUAUUCGUACUUUCGUGCCAUUCUGUUCGGAAGAAAGCACCGAAUCUGAGGAUAGUUUUGAUAAGCGUUUUAAAACUUGUGUCAAGCACCAUCAUCGGUUGAUUCGGAUCGUUGAUGACAUCAACGAAUUAUUCAGCUCAGGAAUGCUCGUCCAAUUGUGCGCAAGUACGAGCAUGAUUUGUCUCGUUGCUUUUCAAGCAGUGCUCGGUGCCAAUGAAAAUUCAAGUUUCGCGCAGUACGCUGUUUUCUUCGGUUCCGUCUUUUGUCAACUUUGGUGCUGGUGCUGGUUCGGCAAUGCAUUGAUCUACGAGAGUGAUUCUUUGGCAACGAGCCAAUGGUUUUCGGGGUGGGAGGAUGAGAAAGACAUUUCUUCGGUGGCUUCUCUGAUAACCAUGUCCCUGAUACGGACACGUAGACCGAUGGGUUUGGCAGCUGGAAGUUUUUACACGAUGUCGUUGGGAAUGUUCAUCACGAUACUGAAAAGCAGUUACUCCAUCUUCGCUCUUCUGACUGCUGUAAACGACGAGCCUUAAAAAAGUCGCGUUUGAAAUCUGCAGCCUCAAUCGAUUGUUGCAUACUCACGCCUGCAGUCGAUCAGUCAAUGACCAGUAAAAAAAAAUCAACUCGAAUUCACUGAUAUUUCAUUAUUUUUACGAAUUCAGCCAUACUGUGCUUACUGGGUACGCUUUUUUGAUUUUUCUUUUUUGAAUCAAUGGCAAGUUUCAUCUAUUUACAUGCAAUAAAAGACCGAGUUGGUCAUCCAGUCAA